AUGAUGUGUGCUGCCGUCAACGAGGAUGUACUGAUGGAUGACAGUGUGAUAAGAGGCGAGAAUUCGGACUGGUCAACCAUAUCGCCGGAUCUGCUGCAGCGGAUACUAGAGUUUCUGCCUUACGCCGAUGUUUAUUUCUGUGCGUUAGUGUGCGUACAGUGGCAAGAGAUCGUCAAGAAUUACUUCUCCUCACAAGUGCGACUGUAUGCUUAUCGCAUGCUUCAUCGCUUACCGCAGUUGGGGCGUAUGAAUGAUCGCAUCAGCCACGCUGAGGUUCGUCUUUGUUCAUCUUGCAUGUACGUCGGCUUACGGCGAGCGACCGAAGCCAAAGAGUUGGAUAUGCAGGUGUCUCAAUUUGGUACCCUCAUUCCGGACGAAGCGUGGCUUGAGGCAAUCUCUUCGCGUUGCGUUGAUCGCAAAUACGAUCUACUUAUUUGCGAGGAAAGCAAUCGGCGCCUUCUGCCGUACUUGAAGAAGUACUUCAACCGCGUCCAGAUUAUUUCAAAGUAG